AUGCUCGGUCACAACACGCCGCUCAACACAGAAUCAGAUAGAAGAUUACUGGCAUUAGAGAAGCAUGUAAGAUACAGAAACUUAAUAUUCUUUGGCGUAGAGGAACGGGAAAAAUCUUAUGAAGAUUUGGAAAAUUCUAUUUUAAAAAUAAUCAACAAAGAUUUGUCACUGAAUUACGAAAACAGAGAUCUAGAUAUGGUUAGACGUAUGGGAAGUAAAAAAGAAAAUAAAAUAAGACCAAUAAUAGUUUCAUUUACAACCUUUGGCAAAAAGCUCGCAGUCUUAAAACAUAAACAUAAUUUAAAAAACCACGGAAUGUACAUUAAACAAGACUAUCCUCCACAAGUGUUAGACACGCGUAAAAAACUACAAGAACAGCUAGCAAAAGAAAAAGAGAAGGGAAACACUGCUUAUAUUCGACAUGACAAACUAAUAGUACAUCCUCAUAAGACCCCACAGCACCAGUUCAAUAAAAAUAUGGAACAAAACAAACAUAAAAAACGGGAACUAGAAAUCACCCCACCAAAUCCAAAACAUAACAUAGUUCCAUCACAAAAUACCGAACCAUCAACAUCUAAAGGUCAUCUGGCUAAAAAGAACAAAGUAACAGGACAUCAAAGUCAAUUAAGCAAUUUCUUCCAUAAACAAAACAAUCAAAAUAAUAAUUCAGAUACUGUACAAUCUAGCUCAGACAACGAAUAG